AUGUCAACACAAGUAGUCAAAAUAACUGCAGAAAAUGUCAAUUGGAAAGAUAUGGUCUCCUCAGAGAAGUGCCAAAGCUCAACUUUUACAGACAUGUUAACACAAUCGGUUGCAUUAAGACAACAUUAUAGAGAAUUCAAAGUAGCCUCCAAGAUGGGAGACAGAGACAUCUAUAGCAAAAUAACUCAAGAAGCAGAAAGUCUUCUAAAGACUGAAGCAAAAGAAGAAUCAAGAGCAGAGGAACCAAUGAAUAUAGAAAUAGUAAAUGAACAGAAAAUAAACGAUGUAUCUUCCAAUAUAGUUGAGGAGAUUAAAAAUUCGCAAAAAGAAGCAGAACAAGUAACCACCUUCUCAGAAGCGGAACUUACAAGCUAG